AAAAAAAAAUGGCUUCUACAAAACUAGUCUUCUCAUUCAUCGUUGCUUUGUUCUUGAUCUCCCUUCUACCUCCAUCUCAUGCUGCUUCUCACUCAGAUUUCGAAGAUAGCAAGAUAGCAUCCUCUAUCAAUUCUCAAAUGGUUAACCUCUCUGUUUACUAUGAGGCAUUAAGCCCAUCUUGUGCAACCUUCAUUAUCCAAAAUCUCACAGGUGUCUUCGACGAUGAUCUCAUCACCAUCACCAAUCUCAGGAUGGUACCUUGGGGUAAUGCUCAUGUCAACGAAACAGACAACACCAUCAUUUGUCAGAAUGGUCGUGAUGAAUGUUCUCUGCAUAAAAUUCAAGCCUGCGCUAUCAAUGUCUGGAAUGAUGUGGACAAAUAUUAUGCACUGAUUCACUGCAUUGAGUUCCUUGUUAUCGAUGGAAAGCAUUCGGAUUGGCAGUCUUGUUUCAACUCACUUGGAUUGUCUGAAGAACCUAUUUUGGAGUGUUAUAACAAUGGAACUGGAGCAAAGCUACAAGCUUUAAAUGGUUAUGAAACUGCACAUCUUGAUCCGCCUCAUGUGUUUAUGCCUUGGGUAGUCGUGAAUAACAAAUCACUCGAAAAGGACUACGGAGAUUUCACCACCUAUAUCUGCAGUUCAUACAAAGGCAAAGUCAAGCCAAAUGCCUGCAAGUCAUCCACCUAAUAGUGCCAGCUCAAUUGAGGAGGAAAGUCCUAUCCAUCCAGUUUGAUACCAUGGUGGGGCUAAGAAUUUGACGUUUGUUGAGAACAAUAAAGAGAAUUCCAAGGUUGAAGAGAGCUUCUGGAAAUUUCCUCAAAAAGGGAUUCAAGUAGUUUAUUCUAGUGCAUUUUGGCGAGUUGCUAUGAUAUCCAUGUGCAAAAACUAGUCUAGCCUAUUCAGAAUUGUGCAGGUUUCAAUGCCUGAGUUUCACAUUGUUGCACUGUUCGCUCUCUUUUUAUGUCAUAUUAGUCUGGCAUUGGCUAUCA